AUGGAUGCUCACAUGUCUGUUUCUGAGCCUGGCUUGAAUAGCUCGUCGUCAGCGGGCUUUCACUCAGACUUACUUACCAGCUUUGCGCCGACCUCUAUCUCGGGUCCUGUUCUCUUGGGUAUAUUCAUCGGCUAUGUUGCUCUUUGCUCUCUUGUGCGAUUUUCUCGUGUGAACUCGCUUCGUUCCAAGUUUGGGUUCCAUGAUCGUGCUUCUUUAGGUCGAAUGACAAACCAGAAUGCUUUCGAAAUUGUCAAGGUUAUGGCAAACCUCGAAUUUCCGCUCUUCUACGAUCUUGGUACCCGUCUCGCUCUAUUCGAAACUUAUGCUGUGCAAAAUGUCGGCCAUGUUCUUUAUGGUGGUAGUGAUCUGGCCAACCGUAUGAAAGCACCCAAGAGAUAUGCAGACACUGAGGUCGUCUAUCUUUGCUUUGCAAACUUUGCCCCUACAUCGUCAGUUCUUCAUAAGGCAGUUGCUCGCACAAACUUUCUACACGCACCAUACAUCAAGGCCGGCAAGAUCAAGCAAGAGGAUCUCCUCUACGUUCUGUACGCCUCUUUUGCCGAGCCCGUUAGAUUCCUUACUCAGUAUGAGUGGCGUGCUCCAACCGAUAUGGAAGUGGCUGCCAUCUCAACUCUGUGGAAAUACGUCGCCGAUUUGAUGGAUAUCGACUACAAGACUAUCCUCCAGAAGAGCGAGUGGACUGAUGGCAUUGAGUUCUUGGAGGAUGUCUCGCGAUUCGGAGAAGACUACGAGGACAAGUACCUGCGCCCUACGAAAGAGGUUCAGAAGCUUGGUGACGUCCUGAUGGAAUUGCUGUUGGACUCGUAUCCUAGGUUUGCCGCUCCAAUCGGAAACCCAGCAGCUUGCGUACUCAUGGGACCUCGGUUGAGACGUGCAUUUGGCUUCCCGGAACCAGGUUUGGCCAUUACUGUCUUGACAUACGGUCUCCUACUUAUUCGUAAACUUGUCGUCCGGUUCCUCUGUCUCCCUCGUGUCAGUGGCGUGGAGCACCUCUCCCAACCAGAUGAACAGACAGGUCGCAUCACUACUCGCCAUUAUAUGAAGGAGCCUUACUACGUUCCUGCUACUUUCUGGCAGCGCUGGAACCCUGAGGCUUGCAUUACAUGGCUGGCUGGUGGUCUCCUUCCUGGUGAUGGUGGCCCUCAGAUGAAGUCUGAAGGAUUCCUCUUUGAGGACAUUGGUCCUGAGAAGGUUGUUGGUAAGGGCAUUGAGGAGACCAAUGACUUCGAGAAGCGUGUGAAAGAAAGAGCAUUUGCGGGCUGUCCGUAUAAAUCAGCAACAGCUUAG